AUGCAUCGUCUUCCUCUCCCCCUGCUGUUCCUUCUCCUGUGCUCCAGAGCUGAAGCUGGGGAGAUCAUCGGGGGCACAGAGUGCAAGCCACACUCCCGCCCCUACAUGGCCUACCUGGAAAUUGUCACUUCCGAGGAUAACCUGGUGUCUUGUGGUGGUUUCUUGAUAAGACGGAACUUUGUGCUGACAGCUGCUCACUGUGCAGGAAGGUCUAUAACAGUCACCCUUGGAGCCCAUAACAUAAAAGAGAAAGAAGACACAUGGCAGAAACUUGAGGUCGCAAAACAAUUCCCUCAUCCAAAAUAUGAUGACUUAAAUAUUCACCACGACAUCAUGUUACUAAAGUUGCAGGAGAAAGCCAACCUGACCCUGGCUGUGGGGACACUCCCCCUUGCACCCCAGUUCAACUUCAUCCCACCUGGGAGGAUGUGCCGGGCGGCUGGCUGGGGAGUGACAGAAGUGGAGGAACUGGGCUCUGACACUCUGCAAGAGGUAAAGCUGAGACUCAUGGAUCCCCGGGCCUGCGGACACUUUACAACUUUUGACCACGACAUCCAGCUGUGUGUUGGCAAUCCCAGGAAGAGAAAAUCUGCAUUUAAGGGAGACUCGGGGGGCCCUCUUCUGUGUGCGGGGGUGGCCCAGGGCAUUGUCUCCUAUGGCCAGGUCAAUGCAAAGCCCCCAGCUGUCUUCACCCGGAUCUCCCAUUACCGGCCCUGGAUCAAUGAAGUCCUGAAGGAGAAUUAA